AUGUCGACGCCGCAACACACGAGUCGCUAUCGGGACCAGGUCCUCACGAGAGGCAAGAUCGAAUCUCUAAUCGCGGAAGGCCGGAAAGUCGUGAUCGUCGACGGCGUGGUUCUGAAAGUGGACGCAUGGCUACCUUACCACCCUGGCGGUGACAAGGCCAUACUCCAUAUGAUUGGAAGAGAUGCGACGAAUGAAGUGAAGGCGUUCCAUGCAGUGGAGACGCAACACUUCAUGCAGAAGUACCGCAUUGGAAAGAUUGAGGGAGAAUGGAAGGAUUUCGUGCCUCCAAUACAAGAUGGCAAGUUCCGGACAAAAGAGGAGCAGCGCUCGGGCAAUAGAGGGCAAGACAAAGAGGCGGUUUGCGAGCUGGACUCGUCACGCCAUAGCAGUUCUGAAGAGCCCUCUCCUCUUUUCGAACCGGCAGAUCGAGGCACAAGUUCCCUUCGACAAAGGAGGACAAGCGAAGAUGCUGCUAGCGAAUCGUCUGCUACAUCACUGGACACUUUGGCCAUCGGAGAACCGGCGACGAGCAGUAAAAAGGCCGCACCAGGAGGAGACAGGACACAACAGGAACUACAGCGAGAUCUCGAGACAUUCCCAAGUCUUGAUCCUGCCACUCAAGCAGAUAUCAUAGCCAAAUACAACGCUCUCGACGACCGACUCCGAGCAGAAGGCCUUUACGACUGUGACUACUGGGCCUACGGCAGAGAAAUCUCGCGGUACGUUCUCCUAGGCUCCCUCGCCUACUUCUUCCUCCAAAAAGGCUGGUACAUCCCCUCCGCCAUUUUCCUGGGCAUGAUGUGGCACCAGCUCGUCUUCACCGUCCACGACGCUGGACACAUGGGCAUCACGCACAACUUCCACAUCGACAGCCUCAUCGGAAUGGUCAUAGCCGACUACAUCGGCGGCCUCUCCUGCUGCUGGUGGAAACGCAACCAUAACGUGCACCACAUCGUCACCAACUCGGCCGAGCACGACCCGGACAUCCAACACAUGCCCUUCUUCGCCAUCAGUCACCGUUUCUUCGACAGCCUGCGAAGCACCUACUACGACCGCAUCAUGACCUUCGACCCAGCCGCCAAGGUCCUGCUCAAGUACCAGCACUACCUCUACUACCCCAUCCUCUGCUUCGGCCGCUUCAACCUCUAUGUCCUCAGCUGGCAAUACAUCUUCCUAGGUCAAGGGCCCCGCAAAGGCCCCGCCUGGUGGCAUCGCUAUUUCGAGAUGGCCGGUCAGAUCUUCUUCUGGUACUGGUUCGGGUACCUCACCGUCUACAAAUCCAUCCCCACCGGCUGGGACCGCUUCCUCUUCGUCCUGAUCUCCCACGCCGUCACCAUGCCCGUCCACGCACAAAUCACCCUCUCCCACUUCGCCAUGAGCACCGUCGACCUCGGCGUGGCCGAGUCCUUCCCACAACGCAUGCUCCGCACCACCAUGGACGUCGACUGCCCCGAGUGGCUCGACUUCUUCCACGGCGGACUGCAGUUCCAAGCAAUUCACCACUUGUUCCCACGCAUGCCCAGGCAUAAUUUGAGGAAAGCGCAGGGAGCGGUGAAGGAGUUUUGCGAGGAUGUCGGGAUCCCGUAUGCGAUUUGGACGUUCUCGAAGGGCAGUGAGAUGGUCAUUAGGCAGUUGGAGGAUGUCGCGAAUCAGGCGAGGGUGCUGAGUGAGUGUCAGAGGAGUAUGACUCUGAAGGAUAUGCUCGAGGGGCAUUGA